GCUGCAGGUGCUGUUUUCCUGGACUGAUUCUGCGGGAACAAGGCGAUGCCUGCCGUGGGGGAUGAGCUGAGCGUGUGCCUGGCACAUCCCACCGUGCCCAGCCAGCAGCCAGCGGGUUUGUGGGGUCGGGGCUGAGAAGGCAGGCUCUCUCCCUCCUCUGGAAAAACAGCUCUCCUGAGUCACAGAUGUCCCACACCUCAUUUUCCGUCUCCACCCUCCUCCUCCAGGGCAUUUGAACAUCUGCUCUCCAAAGUGGAAAACUUGGAUCUCUCUCAAAUCAGCCUCUGCCUUGUACCGCAUGCAGGAGGUAGACUUUCAGUGGGCUGCAUCAAUGGGCUCCCUUGCCCUUGACUUUGGUUGGGCCCAUCCAUGGAAGGAGACAGCAGAGAGAGGGAUCAGAGGAUGAGAAAUGUUGCUGAAGUGCUGCUGAAAGGGCCACAGAUGCAAGGAUUUGAGACACAUUUUGAACCUUUAAGCUGUCUGACAUUGACCUCCUUUCAUUAUUAAUAAAGAAGAAGCAGGAGCUUAGGAUGUAUUAACACCAACUUAUUAAUAUACUAACUGGACAAUGUUCUGCAAACAAUUCUACAUUGUAAAGAACUGGAUUGGUACAAAAUAAAAUAAUUUCAUAUUUUACUCAACUUUAUAAUAUGACUCCAUGGAGGAAAAUUUGAUAAGCAUGAGGGAAGACCAUUCUUUUCAUGUUCGUUACAGAAUGGAAGCUUCUUGCCUAGAACUGGCCUUGGAAGGGGAACGUCUGUGUAAAUCUGGAGACUGUCGUGCUGGUGUGUCAUUCUUUGAAGCUGCAGUUCAAGUUGGAACAGAAGACCUAAAAACACUUAGUGCUAUUUACAGUCAGUUGGGCAAUGCUUAUUUCUACUUGCAUGAUUAUGCCAAAGCAUUAGAAUACCAUCAUCAUGACCUGACUCUUGCAAGGACUAUUGGAGACCAACUAGGGGAAGCAAAAGCUAGUGGUAAUCUGGGAAACACCUUAAAAGUUCUUGGGAAUUUUGAAGAAGCCGUCACUUGUUGUCAGCGACACCUAGAUAUUUCCAGAGAGCUUGAUGACAAGGUAGGAGAAGCAAGAGCACUUUACAAUCUUGGGAAUGUGUAUCAUGCCAAAGGGAAAAGUUUUGCCUGCCCUGGUCCUCAAGACACAGGAGAAUUUCCAGAAGAAGCAAGAAGUGCUUUGCAGGCAGCUGUGGAUUAUUAUGAGGAGAACCUGUCCUUAGUGACUGUGCUGGGCGACCGAGCAGCCCAAGGACGUGCCUUUGGAAAUCUAGGAAACACACAUUACCUCCUCGGCAACUUCAGGGAUGCUGUCAUAGCUCACGAGCAGCGUCUCCUUAUUGCAAAGGAAUUUGGAGAUAAAGCUGCUGAAAGAAGAGCGUAUAGCAACCUUGGAAAUGCCUAUAUAUUUCUGGGUGAAUUUGAGACUGCCUCUGAAUACUACAAGAAGACACUCCUGUUGGCUCGACAGCUGAAAGACAGGGCUGUAGAAGCUCAGUCUUGUUACAGCCUUGGAAACACAUAUACUCUACUCCAAGACUAUGAAAAGGCCAUUGACUAUCAUCUGAAGCACCUAGCAAUUGCUCAAGAGCUAAAUGAUAGAAUCGGUGAAGGAAGAGCAUGUUGGAGCUUAGGAAAUGCAUACACAGCUCUAGGAAAUCAUGAUCAAGCAAUGCAUUUUGCUGAAAAGCAUUUGGAAAUUUCAAGAGAGGUUGGGGACAGAAGUGGUGAGCUGACAGCACGACUGAAUCUCUCUGAUCUCCAGAUGGUUCUUGGUCUGAGCUACAGCACAAAUAACUCAAUGAUGUCAGAAAAUCUUGAAAUGGAUAACAGUUUGCAUGGCACACGUCCUAAGUUUGGACGACGACACAGUAUGGAAAACAUGGAGCUUAUGAAGUUAACACCAGAAAAGGUACAGAACUGGAACAGUGAGAUUCUUGUUAAACAAAAACCACUUGCUGCCAAACCUUCUGCAAAGCUACUCUUUGUCAGCAGAUUGAAGGGGAAAAAGUACAAAACUAACUCCUCCGCUAAAGUUCUCCAAGAUGCCAGUAAUUCCAUUGAUCACCGAAUUUCAAGUUCUCAGAGGAAAAUCAGUGCAGAUACCAUUGGAGACGAAGGCUUCUUUGACCUCUUAAGCCGGUUUCAGAGCAACCGGAUGGACGAUCAGAGGUGCUGCCUGCAAGCACGGAACCUCGGAGCAGCGCCGGCCUCCACGCCCGCCAAAGUGCUGAAAACAUCAUCUGUUUCGGUGGUGUCCCCCAACACAGAUGAGUUUCUAGAUCUUCUGGCCAGCUCACAGAGCCGCCGCCUUGAUGACCAGAGGGCCAGUUUCAGUAACUUGCCAGGACUUCGUCUGACACAGAGCAACACACAGUCAGUACUUGGCCACCUGAUGACUGGAGACAGCGGAGAGCCUGGUGAAGACUUCUUUGACAUCCUUGUGAAAUGCCAAGGCUCCCGCCUGGACGAUCAAAGAUGCGCUCCACCACCUGCUGCCUCCAAGGGGCCGACGGUACCAGAUGAGGACUUUUUUAGCCUGAUUUUACGGUCUCAAGCAAAAAGAAUGGAUGAACAGAGAGUUCUUUUGCAGCAAGAUCAAAACAAAGACCCUGAAUUUGGGCUAAAGGACCUUUUGCAAUGUAAUGCUUUGUUGGACCUUAAAAAUUCAGGAAAAAAUUAAGCAACCACUAGUUACCACGGAUAUAUUUUUAGAAGUGACCUUAUUUCCUUUCAGAACUGCUGGGACAUUCAAUCUAUUAUUUUCCUUAAAAGGAGAAAUUAUAGCACAAUAAUGUAAAUACUUCACCUUUACUAGUAUGGUAACAUUCCUCUGGCCACUCUUCAGGGUAGAUGUGUCUUCAACUUUUGUGAUUACUGCUUGGGACUGUACUCUGGUGUUAGUCCUUUAGCCAGUAAGUUAAAUAAGUCCUAGACUAGAACUUAAUACUCUGAUAAUUUUUAAAAUAUAGAGAAUGGCAUUUUUUAUACUUAACCAUGAAUUAUAGUGAGAAAUUAUGCUAUUUAGUAAAAAAUAAUGUACUUGACCAACAUGUAAAUAUGUUUAGACUAGUCCCUAACACUUUCAAGAAAAUCUACCUUCAGGCCAAAGCCAUUAUAAAAGAAACAAAUUUCUUUUAGCAUGCUUUGGCUCAUUAAUAAUAUUUAAAAAUGGAUCUCCUGUUGCAAAAACUCAAAAAUUGAGAUUAAGCCUCAACCUUGUCUCAGAAACAGCAGGGAGGGAUUGACAGAGGUAACGUAAUAGGACGCAGUUGAGUGCAAGGAACAGGGGCAGGCAGGGCACAGCAAGGCGUGAUGCCCGUGCCCACACUGAAGCGAGCUGGCACCUCAGUCCCCGUGGCCGCUUCCGUACCGCUGCGAUGGAAAUGUGGGCCUCUGCUCGCAAUCCUCCAGGUAGCUUGGAUGGGCAAACACUGAGGAUCACGUCUCCAAAUGGCUGAGGUUUAAAAAAAAUAAACUUUUAGAAAUAGUUAUGCAGCCUAGACUCACGG